CCCGGCGACCCCCGCCUCUCCUCCGGCCGGCCGGUAUCGGCGGACUCUCUGGUGCGGGACGAAUUGUGCCUUUUGUAGAGGUUGUAUUUUAAGGACCUAAUGCCUCUCUUCAAGAGGACGCCUUUCUUCUUACUAGACCCGCCAAAGGACUUGGAUCCUAAGGAGAAGGUGUUUGAAGUUCGAUUUACAAAGGAGAUAUUUCGAGAUUACCAGGAAUACCUGAAUAGGUUGAACCUUUACCGUAGAAGAGUUUGGACAUGUAAGGUGUCUGGAAAAUCUAAUUUAACCUAUGAGGAAGCUUUGGUCUCAGAGCAGCGUGCCGCAGAGAAGGCUCAACAGCUGCCAAGAGAGCUAAUCUCUCCUGUUCUCCAGAUGGUUCAAUACAGUACUCUUAGCUUAACUGACCUUGUCAAUAAGAUUUAUGGCCGUCUGCAAGAGGAUCUGUUUGAAGGAUUAGAAUUACAUGCCAAAAAAGAUGGUUCGGAUGCUGCUUGCAAGAUUCUGAAGGUUAUAGGCUCUGGUAACACCACAAGCUAUGAGGUGGGCUGGACUGAUAAAGAGAAUGCAGUUAUCAGCACUUCAGUCCUCAGAGCUGAUGAUCUAAUUCGCAAGAAAGCACCUUCUGGUCGUAAUAUGCUGAAGCUUUUUAUCAGGGAAUCAACUUCGCAAAACUCUCCAUGGAUUGUACAUACGAGUCUUGCAAAGAAAUAUGGCAUACCCACUGAGCCUCCAGAAGGCAUGAUGAAUGGUGAAGGAUUGCCCAAAACGAGGAAAAGACUAGAGAAUGGGACCCUGGAAGAUGCCAGGAAAAGGUUGAAACAAGAUGAGGAACAACUAGUGCCAGUUAAAUACCCAAUUGAUGAUCUUUUAGUAAAGCCUGCAGCAGAUGACCCUGUUUUAUCAAAGAGAUGCCCAACAUCUACAGAUUUCAAAGUGCCUUUAUAUUCUGUGGGAGAUCUCCUGAUGGUCUGGGAUUUCUGCAUGUCUUUUGGGAGGCUAUUAUGCUUGUCACCAUUUUCCCUCUCAGAUCUGGAGAAUGCAAUUUGCCACAAAGAAAGUAAUGUUCUUAUUGUGGAAAUACAUACCGCACUUUUCCAUUUUCUCAUUAAAGAUGAAGGUGACUAUUUUACAAUUCUCCAGAACAAGAAGAGAAAAUCGAAGGUAUCUUUACUUACCUGGAAGGAGUAUCUAUGUGAUUUCAUGGAAAUGACAAGUAAAGACGAUUUCUCCCCUAGCCUAUCAACAGUGCGAAGGGGUCACUAUGGUCUUGUUGACACUGGCGUCAAACUUCAAAUUCUGCGGGAACUGGUAGAUGAAGCCAUUGCAACUACUGCUUUUAAAGAGAGAUUAGAAGAACGGAUUAAUCAGCAACAAGCAGUUGUAGCAGAAAAAAGAGAGGCUGCAAGAAAGAAUAAAGAAGAGCAGAAGCUGAACAUGGAAGGCGCAACAGAAAAGGAAAUGAAUCAUACAGAUUCUGUACCAGAUGGCAACGAGAGUGUUAAUGGUCAGCUUGUGGCAAAAGAAGGGAAGGAGAAGGAAAAUGCUCCUAGCAAAAAUGAAGAUGGUAAAUUGUAUCUGAGGAGGCAUCUUGCAAAAGAAAUGCUGGACCAAUCAGUUAGGACUAGUCCUCUGGGAAAAGACAGGUUAUAUAACAGGUAUUGGUUUUUUAGACGCGAAGGAAGAAUUUUUGUCGAAAGUGCAGAUUCCAAAGAAUGGGGGUACUAUAGCACCAAGGAAGAGCUUGCUGCGCUCGUUGGGUCUUUAAACAUUAAAGGCAUAAGGGAGAGAGCACUCAAACAACAACUUGAAAAGUUCUACGAGAAGAUAAGUAAUGCUCUGGAGAAGAGAUUGAAGGAGGUCACACAGAAGAUGUUACUAGAAGAGGCUGUGUUGCGACGUUCCUCUCGUGUACACGCUCAACCAAAGGACGGCUCUUCUGUGUCAUUCCUCGAUUAUGUCAACGCAUGGAAACCUGUUUCAAAGAGAAACAGGUGGAAAGAAAAUCGAGCUGUUUAGUUGAUAGAUAGGCUACCUCCUGUGUGGUAGGGGUUAAUUUUGGGGUUCCUGACAGGAGGAGUCUGUCAAGAAGACUCUCUUGCGCCCAAAUUUUGGACACAAAGGCAGUGAAACUCAAGCUGCCAGUAAAUUGACCCCGUCUUAGCAAGAGUUGCAGUUGGUAGAUUUGAGGCUUUAAAGCUGGUACUGAAAUGGGUAUUCGGUAGGUAGGAACCUGUUCAUAGGCAACAAAUGCAGUAUUUAUUUCAUGGAUU